ACUAUAAUGGUCAGCUGCAAAAACGAUGCCUCUAUGCAAAUAAUCAGUGGAGUUCCUAAGGGGAGGGGCUCAUGACGACAGAUCAGCAAAAAGGCAACUUUUGUCACUCUUUGAAUGUGCAGUAACCACAGAAAGACAGUGGGGUGCUAUGUAUCCUUCACUCUGUUAACAGUGUUUUUAUUUUAACAACGCCGAGCUGCUUCUAUUUGGGUAGGUGUAUCCCGCCAAUCUGGAAAUCAUUUACUAUUUUUUCCUUGCACUCUCUCCGCCCCGUGGGAUAUCUCCGCUGCUAAAAUCUGACAGGAACAAAGCAGCUCGCCUCUCUCCCUCUCUCGUCCCAGCCUAUCUCUUUGCAGGACACCAAGCUGCUGAACUGCUGAAUGACACUGAGUUUAAGGAAAGUUUGAAUUACAACAGUGGAUGACAACUUUGGAUCUUAACCAUACGCCAUGACGCCUCUCAUAUUUUUAAUUCUACACGUCGUACAGUUUGGCAGUGCCGAUAUUUUGGGAGGUAACGGUUCGUGCGAUUUUGAGGACGGCACGUGUGGCUACGAGUCAGAUCCCAAUAAUGAUCCGUGGAUCGUGAAUUUACAAGGUCGCUAUAUCUAUAUUGAAGGCUCACAUCGUCAUGAUGGAAAAUUGGGCCUCCUUACCAGUCCUGAACUGCGAGCUCUGGGAGAAAGCUGUGUGAGGCUUGUAUAUCAGAUAACUGGCACAGAUCCUGGAAGACUGAAUAUGUACUUUCGACCAGAAGGAAACAGCUUUGAUUUUCUGCUCUGGUCUGCAAAUGAAUCAUCUGACAGCUGGAAAAUUGCUAGUAUAGGUGUAAGGAACGUAACAGACAAAUCCAAGAUACUUCUAGAAGCUGUAGUCAGUCCAGACCCAAAGGCUAGUAUUGCAGUUUUUGAAAUCAAAAUCUCUCCAGGUUACUGUGUUGUGUGUACCUUUGAAGAGAAUCACCUUUGCGGCUAUAACAACAGGUGGAACCCAAAUCUCAACUGGCUUGUCGGUGGAGGUUCAGUUCGAGAUUCACCCACAAACCUACCAACUGAUCAUACAUUGGACAAUGAGCAAGGUCACUAUAUGUACGUUGAUGCUAUUUACACCACAAGUUUACAUGAAGUCGCUCAGUUAAUGUCACCGGUGACAACUUUUGCCCUGUUGGGAUGCCUGUCCUUCUUUUACCAACUUGAACAGACUCAAUCCAACUUAUUUGUCGUUUAUACAAAGGACAGAAUGGGACAUUAUGAAGAGGUGUGGAGGGCAAAUAAAUCUACACACAGUUGGACUUUGGUAAAAGUGAAUAUUAAAGCAGCGCAUCCAUUUCAGAUUGUGUUUGAAGUUGCGUUCAGCAGCACAAAAGGAGGUUACGCAGCAUUGGAUGAUAUUUAUUUUUCCUCACAGUUCUGUGACAAUAAAACAGGUGGCUUUCUGAUGUCCAAUGCAAGGUUCGGUUACCAUCAGGAGUAUGUAGCUCACCUGGCUGGCCCACUUUUGCAUGCCAACCUCCAGUAUUGCUUGCGCUUCUUUUAUGCCCUGAAUCACUUUGUCACAGAGGAUGCCCUCGCAGUCUACAUCUAUGAUGAAGAAGACCGUGUAGUAGAAAAGAUUUGGUCAAUUCCUAAACUACCCACUGGAAUAUGGAUUCAAGCAGAAGUUAACUAUCGAAGGCAGGAGGCCAGCAAGAUAGUUUUUGUCAGUGUCUGUAAGAAUUUCUGGAACUGUGGAAAAGUAGCACUGGAUGAUGUCACAGUGAGCCAAGGAGACUGUCGAAUUCCUGGAGGUUCCUGGCUACCUGCUCCAGGGUGGUGCAAUUUUGAUACGGAUUAUUGUGGAUUCAUUCAGGAUCAUAAGGACAAAGGCAACUGGUACAGAAGAGCUGGUACAACACCAACAUCCUUCACGGGUCCAAAGGGGGAUCACACGACAGGGGUAGGGCGCUACUUGUAUGUAGAGGCCUCUCAUAUAAGGCAUGGAUACAAUGCACGCUUGUUGUCAUGGCCACUGCGAGGAUUCACAGGCGACCAGUGCCUGAUAUUCUUCUACCAUAUGUAUGGACUUGGAACUGGAUCAUUAAAUGUUUACUUGAGGAAGGAGAAUGCUGAAGAAACUCUCUUAUGGAAAAGAACAGGGGAACAGAGUGUAUCUUGGCUCAAGGCCUCCAUAGAAUACAACUGUGAAGAAACCCAUCAGAUUGUCUUUGAAGCGAUUCGUGGCCUGUCAAGACACAGCGACAUUGCAAUAGACGACAUUUUAUUUGAAAAUGGACCCUGUGAAGGGAGUGUCUAUGAAGGCAGUGGAUACCUCGAUGCUCAAACAUUUUUACCGUCUGUGAGAUACAAGAAAACCUUUGCCACAUGACCCUGAAUCUCCAAAUCAACCAGAUUGGUACAGCGUUUACAUCUGAAUUGGGGUUCCAUUAGAAUGGGCUGUGGAACAACUACAGGGAACAUUUGUGUUAAUGCGGAGCUUAAGUUGAAUCUUGUAGAAGUUGUAAAUGAUUUUUGGUCUUCAUCAAAAAGAAGAAUUCAAUUGAUUUGAAUGACUCUUUGCUAAAUAUUAAAACAGAUAUGUAUGUUAAUUUGUUAGUGAAGACGUAGUAGCCAUGGGCUUCUUAAUGUUUUUCAAUUAGUACCUGGAAAUAUCCAGUAUUCGUUCAUUACUGAAGAAGUGUAAAUAUUCAACAUUUCAAAAUGAUAGAAGAUGGGAUCACCAGCACGAUUUGAGUUUUUUUUAAAAAAGUUAUUACGUAUGUGAUUAGCAAUUCCUUCUUGGCUAUGUACUGUCCAAUCACAUGCCAGAUGUGUUCUAUAUUUAACCAAUUCAAAUAAAGAUGUCAGAAAAACA